UGAUGUUCCAGGUCGGGACCCUUCUUCAGACGACUUCUUCUGGAGAAGGGUCUCCCGACCCAAAACGUCACCCCCAUCCUUAUUCUCCAGAGAUGCUGCCUGCCCCCCGCUGAGUUACCCCGGCACUUUGUGUCUAUCCAUGUAGAUCUGAGGCGGAUGAGGGUGUAAAAUAGACAGCAGUCAAGCAAAGAGAUUCACAUGGCACCAUGGCCACCCAGCCAUGUCAGGAGGAUAAGGGCACCAGCGGUGUGAACACAGAUUCCCCAUACGCACCUUCGGGCUUGACCUGCUACAGAGAGUGGACGUCGGAUGAGCAGACGAGCGGCGACAAGCCUUUCCGAUGCACGUGGAUCAGAGGGAGGGACCCAGCAGAGUACAGGCUGUGCUACUGCUGUGACACAUGCAAGACCUGCAAACGGUUUCAGGUGGGGAACAAUACAUCCCACAUCCUGCACCGUGACGAUUUCUACCUGAACAAAAACCUGACCUUCUGGGUCGAGACUACAGGGGACAAGGCGAUGGUGAAGUCAGCAAAGCUGUAUGUGGUGCCGCAGAACACUAUCAAGUACUCGCCUCUAUCGAUGAAGAAAGUAGACAUGACACGGUCGGCAAACCUACUCACACUACGCUGGAAGAAGCCAGAAAUGAAGGGGAUUUUCAAUCAGAUACGAUAUCGACGGCUGGGCUCGGAGGUGUGGAACCAGACAAUCUGCAACUCAAGUGAAUCGAAGACUCAUGAGAACUGCACGAUCCAGCUGCAUGCGGCCUUUGCUCACCAGCUCCAGAUUCGCAGGAUGCUUCAAAACAUCUGGAGUGAAUGGAGUGACGUUGACUUCAUCCCAGCUGCCAUCACCAAGAGGUUGGAACUGCAGUGGAAGCUUGUCGACAAUCUCCCACAGUGCCCAGGCAAGCGGCUAGUGGAGGUGAAGUGGCAGUCCCCGACAGAGCCAGACACCGGGGUCACAGGUUACAGACUGACCAUCCGCCCGUUGACCGACCGGAUGGGCCGCAUCAGCGAAGAACUAAACCAAACAAGUUACAAAACCACGCUCUCCCUGGCUCCGUACAAGGUUACUGCCGUUGCCUUGAACAGAGUGGGCACGUCGCCGCCCCAGACCAUCGCCAUAGCAGCCGGUCAGCACCAAGGUCCACCCAACCUGAACCUCAGUGUGGUUGAUAACCGCACCCUGAGAGCCUCAUGGAGUGACCGCAGCACCAGCUUCUACUGUGCCAUUCUCGAGCUGGUGUCUACAGAAACCAUCCAGCACAACCGAUGCCCAUCCAUCAAGCACCAGGAACGCCAGAAGAAUAAUGGUCUCCCUAAGUCAACAGCGCCACAAGGGACUGCGGACGCAAGGACCAUGGAGUUUGCGGGCCUGGAGCCGCUGAGACGUUACCGCCUCACCGUUUACGUCAAGGAUUUAAAGGAGAAGAAAAAGUGUCGCGGGAAGACUGGCUACACCAUUGGGUCCAUCACUGCCUGCACCCAGGAACAGCCGCCAACUCAAGGACCCAGUGAGGUCAACGUGACCCGCAUCAUGAAAAGCUCCACGUUCAUCACGUGGAAGGGAAUCUCGUUGGGAGAGUGCGAGGGGACCCUGGAGAAAUACCUCAUCAUCUACACUGACGGUCGGAAUCACACGCACACUGCUUCUGUCAACGCCUCGACCAUGAACUUCACCCUGACGAACCUGAAUGCCUCCACCUUGUACACAGUGAAGGUCUGUGGCGUCUCCAGUGUUGGGCAAGGAGCCGGGACGGUUCGAAACUUCCAAACUGAUUACUAUGAUCGCAGUGAGAUCCACGCAAUCACCGUGGCGACAUCCUUAUCCGUCAUGUUUGGGGUCUUCAUGAUGGUUUCUCUCUGCUACCUCUCCUUCAAAAGAACCCAGCGAAUGAUCUGUCCGGUGGUCGCUGACCCAGUCGACAGUCUUGCGGUCAAGCCCAUGCCCAUCACUGACCACGUCGGUCAAUGGGAGACAUGUUCCGCCGAUGAGGACGUGACGGAUGCCCUGCUUGUCAUGGUGAUCGCCCAACAUGGAGCCCCUUCACCCGACGUGCCAGCGGCAGGUUGCACGGUGCCCGUCACCGAGGGCAGCGGGUCUGUGGGCGACAGCGACUCGCUGGGCUUUAGCAGCGGCUCUACGUUUGCCUAUCGCCGGCAGACGGGCGGCCCGUCAGCCCCGGAGACGCAGUGCGGCGCCGAUGACUGCGCGGAGGAGCAGACCGAGGGCCAAGGACCAGCACUGGAAACCGCUCACCUUCCCCCUUGGGACCCCCAACCUUGCCCGGACUCUGGGCUCAACCCCUGCGGGAACAUGAUCUCUUUGCUGUCUGUUUACGAUCAGACGGUGGUGGAACAGGAUCCGGCAGGGAGUCAUGUUCACUUCUAGUGUGUACUGAGCGCACACACACACACACGCACUCUCCCUCUACUCGAGGCUGCAAGGGUACAUGGCCUCUAUCAUUGAACUUCAUGCUCUGGGGCCUACAGAUCACAGUGGUUCAGGCCUGGAUCGCCGCCGAGAAGUAGGGCCUAGCAGGCCGCUGCCUCGAGUGGGGAAGCUCAGAAACCCCGAAGACCAGAGAACCGAGGAGGAGGAGGGAGGCGCUGGUGACCACGGACGUGAGGAGUGGGUCGGUGGGAGAGGGAGCCCCUUCAAGGUCAGCUGCAGGAGGUGCCCGCACCCCGGGACACAGGGCCGGUCGAGGAGAGGGACUGCAGCAGCCUGGGGCCUACCUGGAUUGGGAGAGCUCCAGUACUUCCAGCCCGUGGACUGGACUUUGGACUGUUUCUUCCUCUUUGUAGACAAAACAGCGGUAAAUCAUGGGUGUGGUCGGCAGAAUUUCACUCCACUGUGCUUACGUGACUAAAGGCCCAUUGCGGCCUUCAAUGGCCAGUUCCUGUGGUCAAACUCCUCGAGGUCCAGUCUCAGCUAGGGCCGAGAGUGGACAGUGGCCUAUAAGGAGCUUCACCCAACAAUAACAUCUGGUGAUUAUCAUCACAUCUGGAUUCUGACCAGCUAACAGGUAACCCUUUAAUUGCCCGAGCCGCUCUGCAACAAGCAGCCUGUGAGGAGUAUUUUAUCCAGAGUGUUGGGAUCUGGAGUUUAGCCUCUGGAUGGGUGGUGAGGCAGAAAACCUCAUUGCAUUUGAAAGACAUCGCGACUAGUUUAGUUUAGUUUCGAGAUACAGCACGGAAACGGGCCCUUCGCGCCCACCAGCCAGGGAUCCCCGCACCCUAAUACUAUCCUACACACACCAGGGACAAUUUACAUUUAUACCAAGCCAAUUAGCCUACAAACCUGCACGUCUUUGGAGUGUGGGAGGAAACCGGAGCUUCCCGGAGAAAACCCACACAGGUCACGUGUUGAACGUACAUAGAAACAUAGAAAAUAGGUGCAGGAGUAGGCCAUUCAGCCCUUCGAGCCUGCACCGCCAUUCAACAUGAUCAUGGCUGAUCAUCCAACUCAGUAUCCCGUACCUGCCUUCUCUCCAUACCCCCUGAUCCCUUUAGCCACAAGGGCCACAUCUAACUCCCUCUUAAAUAUGGCCAAUGAACUGUGGCCUCAACUACCCUCUGUGGCAGAGAGUUCCACAGAUUCACCACUCUCUGUGUGAAAAUGUUUUUCUCAUCUCGGUCCUAAAAGAUUUCCCCCUUAUCCUUAAACUGUGACCCCCUUGUUCUGGACUUCCCCAACAUCAGGAACAAUCUUCCUGCAUCUAGCCUGUCCAACCCCUUAAGAAUUUUGUAAGUUUCUAUAAGAUCCCCCCCUCAAUCUUCUAAAUUCUAGCGAGUACAAGCCGACAACUCCGUACAGACAGCACCCGCAUUCAGGAUCGAACCCGGGUCUCUGGCGCUGCAAGGAAGCAACUCUACCACUGCGCCACCGUGCUGGCCAUCAGAUUUGUAGGUUAAUUGGUUCUGUAAAUUGCCCGUAGUAUGUGUGUGUAGGACAGAACUAGCACGACCCAGUUGGCUGAAGGGCCUGUUUCCACGCUGUAUCUCUAAACUAAACUAAAAAUACACAAUCACAUUCAGUCCAUCGGCGUAUAUUGCGUAUUCAUUUUCUAUUGCUGCCAGUUCCUUGAGUUUGUUGCUUCUUAUCAAUUGCAGUAAAUAUAUUUCACGAAUAGACUGCCGUCUGGUCUUUGUCUCUGGUAUUUAUUAAUCUACAGUCCUGGUAAUAUUUGGGGAUUUUCCUGUGGAAAUUCCCCGCACCUCUUUCAACCUUAUUUUGUAACUUUUUCAUAUUUAACCAAAAGUAAUUUUUUCCCCCUCUAUUUUGUAUUUUAAGGUGUGUAGAUCUUAUAAAGUUUACAAGUGAAUUAAAACACAAAUUCCAACUUUUAACGUGUGUACGUUUCAAGUCCGUGAAGCUCGUGGAGAUUUGCAUAAGUUGCACCGUUUAUUCUUAGAAUCGUCGUUUCAA